UUCAGCAAACAUGAAAAAUGAAAUUGAACAAGAGAGUUUAUCCUGUGGAGCACCGUGCUUCGUAAGAAAACCGAUCAAACCAAACGAUCCCAACAACAUGUGGAAGCAUGCUCUAGACCACAGAAUUAACGAUGGUUCAAUCCAGGACGAUACAGAUGGUUCAGAGAAAAUCCAGGACGAUACAGAUGGUUCAAUCCAGGAGAAAACUUCAAGUAGCGAUCCAUGUGAUGGAGAUUCUUCAUCAAAGACGACUAAAAGGGUUAUGAUCAAAUGGACGACAACCCUUGAAAAUGAAUUUUCCAUGGCCAUUGAACACAUUGGCGUUCAUAAGGCCACGCCUAAGAAGAUUUUAAAAUUCAUGAACCAGAAAUCCCUGACGAGAGCACACAUAGCCAGCAAACUACAGAAGUACCGACGAAACUUGAAAAGAGAUGAAGAGCAAAGAACGAAGGAAAGAAUAGCUACGCACUCAACACUUUCAUCAGAAGGAGGCUACAUCAAUCCACAGCACUCUUACAACUACAACACAAGGCUAGGCAACAACAAUCUUUUCAAUGUCCAACCUGGCUAUGGUCUUGGUCAAUCCAGCUUCAUGGGGAACAACAAUGCUGGUUUACAUGACUCUCUCAACUGCAUGAACCGUAGACCCACCUAUGAUUUGAGCCAAACCGGAUCCAAGUUGCUUCCCAUGAGAGGCAAUCUUGGGUUUCAAAACGGUAUGUUGCCUGUAAAAGAGGAAUGGAGAAGCAUUCCCGGAACAUCUCAAGCUCCUAGGUUUGGACAAUAUGGUACAACAAGCAAUGCUUUGGGUAUGAACUAUAAUCCUACUACUGGUACUACGGGCAGUAAUAAUUACGUUGGGAUCAGAGGAGAUGAAAAUGGAGAUUUGGUUGGACUUGGUGGAUUAAGAGUUAAUGGUAAUGGUAAUGGCUCUUUCAGUGGAGCAAGGGUUCAUGGUACUGGUAGUGGCUCUCUUCAAGGAAUGAGCGUUUAUGGUAAUGGUCAUGGGUCGUCUCUUGGUGGAAGAGGAGUUCAUGGUACUGAUAAUGGCUCUCUUGAAGGAAAAAGAGUUCCUGGUAAUGGUCAUGGGUCUCUUGGUGGAAGAGGAGUUCAUGGUACUGGUAAUGGCUCUCUUAAAGGAAUAAGAGUUCCUGGUGGAAGAGGAGUUCAUGGUACUGGUAAUGGCUCUAUUGAAGGAAUAAGAGUUCCUGGUAAUGGUCAUGGGUCUCUUGGUGGAAGAGGAGUUCAUGGUACUGGUAAUGGCUCUCUUGAAGGAAUAAGAGUUCCUGGUAAUGGUCAUGGGUCUCUUGGUGGAAGAGGAGUUCAUGGUACUGGUAAUGGCUCUCUUGAAGGAAUAAGAGUUCAUGGUGCUGGUAAUGGUCAUGGAUCUCUUGGUGGAAUAAGAAUCCAUGGUAAUGAUAAUGGAAUAAGAGUUCAUGAUACUAGUAAUGGCUAUGGCUCUUUUGGUGGAGUAAAAGUUCAUGGUACUAAUAUUAGUUAUGACUCUUCUGAUGGAAUCAUAGUUCAUGGCAAUAGCAACAGUAAUGACUCUCUUGGUGGAAUAAGAGUUCAUGGUGCGGGUAAUGGUAAUGGUCAUGGAUCUCUUGGUGGAAUAAGAAUCCAUGGUAAUGAUAAUGGAAUAAGAGUUCAUGAUACUAGUAAUGGCUAUGGCUCUUUUGGUGGAGUAAAAGUUCAUGGUACUGGUAAUAGUAAUGGCUCUCCUGAUGGAAUCAUAGUUCAUGGUAAUAGUAACAGUAAUGACUCUCUUGGUGGAAUAAGAGUUCAUGGUACUGACUCUGUUGGUGGGAUAAGAGUUCAUGGUACUGAUGCUGGCUCUGUAGGUGGGAGGAAUGUUCAUGGUACUAGUAAUGGUCAUGGAUCUCUUGGUGGAAUAAGAAUCCACGGUAAUGAUAAUGGAAUAAGAGUUCAUGAUACUAGUAAUGGCUAUGGCUCUUUUGGUGGAGUAAAAGUUCAUGGUACUGGUAAUAGUAAUGGCUCUCCUGAUGGAAUCAUAGUUCAUGGUAAUAGUAACAGUAAUGACUCUCUUGGUGGAAUAAGAGUUCAUGGUACUGACUCUGUUGGUGGGAUAAGAGUUCAUGGUACUGAUGCUGGCUCUGCAGGUGGGGGAAAUGUUCAUGGUACUAGUAAUGGUAAUGGUUCUCUUGGUGUAAAUUUUGGCAUGAACUGGAACUUCAAUAACAACAACAUGAGUAACCAUGGAAGUUCAACUCCAAUGUUUCCUUCUGCAUUGUCAUCAUUCUUGGGUAAUAAGGAUCAGGCACAAAACAACUUGAUUGCUCAAACUGGUGGUGUGAUCCCUGCACUAGAGAAACCCAAAAUGUUUAGUGAUCACCAUGACAUCAACGAGGUUUUUUCUGAUACAAAUAACUCUCAGUUUCAUCAGAACCAGCAUCAAGGUAACCUGACUGGUGUAAAUUUUGAGGCGCCUACUGCUUAUCCUCUUGAAGACAUUAGCAGUUGGAGUUUUAAUGACGGUACCAAUAAUGAAGAGAUGUUGGACACUCUCGUUGCUAAUCUGGAGAUGUAUUUGCCUACUCAGGACAUGAACAUUACAAAUCAGGGUAAUAAUCAUGAAGAAAUGUUUAACUCUCUUGCUGCUAAUCCGGAGAUGCACUUUCCUACUCAGGACAUGAACAUUACAAAUCAGGAUUGUGACGAUGAAGACUUCAUGGACUAUUUGAUCGAUCCUGACAUGAAUUGA